AGGAGAAGUUAUUGUCAGGUAAACAGUAAACCAGUAAAAAGGCAAGUGUUCGGGACAGGACAUGGAGAUCAAGCCAGGGUAUUAUUUUCGGGAGAUGACAUAACAAAGAGAACAUGAACAAUAAAAUGCAUGUAAGUGCAGAAAAAAAUGUUCAAGAGUAGUGGGGCGUGUAGAGGAGUUGACUCUAGGUUAUAAAAACAUCUAAUCAAGUGACAAAUUGAAUAUCUAAAGCUGACCAUCACAUCACAAAGGCGGGGCCAUGAUGAAGAGAUGGCGUGAGGCGGCUUUGCUGUCUUUCCUCCUCAUAUGUCUGCUAAAAACCGACUCCACAUGGGCCAGAAAAGGAGGGAGCAGCAGCAGCAGCAGCCGGAAAUCUUCCACCUCCACUUGGGGGAACCGGGGAUCGCAAUCCAAACCGUCCAGCUCAAAUCCGGGAAGCACUUCCAACCGGAACACCAAUCCAUACCCCUCCGGUGGAAAUUAUCCUGGAGCAGGAAAUAGAAACCCGUCAAGUUAUCCAGGAGGCGGAAGUUACCCCAACCAGAAUCCUGGCCGAACCAAUCCUGGUGGAUAUCCAGCGGGUGGCAGUUAUCCAAACCAGAACCCCGCAGGCCGUAACCCAGCUGCUGGCGGUUAUCCAAACCAGAACCCUGCAGGCCGUAACCCAGCUGCUGGCGGUUAUCCAAACCAGAACCCUGCAGGCCGUAACCCAGCUGGCGGUGGAUACCCCAACCAGAAUCCAAACAGAGGCGGUACCAACCAAGGAUACCCUAACCAGUACCCGGCUGCUGGAGGUUAUCCGAACCAAAAUCCUGCAAGGAAUUAUCCAAAUCAGAACCCGGCUGCUGGAGGCGGCUACCCGAACAGGGGUGGUUACCCAGCUGGAGGGAGCUACCCGGCCGGCGGAAGCUACCCGGCCGGAGGGGGCUAUCCUAACAGGGGUGGCUACCCAGUUGCGGGAGGCUACCCAGCUGCAGGGGGCUAUCCCAACAGAAACCCCUACCAGUAUCCAGCUGCAGGUGGUUACCCAGGGCGUGGUGGAUCAUUCGGCUACCCCCAAGGAAACCCAAAUAACAAGAUUUUGAGUCCCCACAUUGGCGGGGGUGCUUACGGAUACGGCGGUACCGGAAUAGGAGGGUCUCCCUUCUCCCGUUCUGUGCAGAGUAUGGGUUACAAACCCAAAUCUACGGGGUUCGCCAAGAAGGCCAUGCUGGCAGCGGGCGUAGGCGCCGUGGCGGGAAUGGCGGUGGGAUAUGGACUGGGGCGCUUCCCCCGACCGCACUUCUCUUUCCGUAACCCUGAGGAAGAGCAUUACUAUAACAACUACAUGUACCGCCGCUACGGCUCACAAUCCACCGACGAGAAGGACUUUGGCCGCGAUUACGUCUACAAGCUGCCACCCAGAGCCGAGAACUACGACGCAUUCAUGGCCCGAUGUAUGAACAGAACGGAUCUUCUCAAGGAGCAGAAGACCAACUCCCCUGGGGGUAUCCAAGACGACGAUGACGACACAGUGAGUAUCGAGGAGAUCGGCUAUCCGUCCCUGGUGGAACAAAUGAAGGCCCGGCGCUGCGUGGAGAAUUACAUGGUCUACUCCGAGCGCUUCCUGGAGAAACGCAAGUCCGAGCAUCAGGUCCAGACAGGUCGCAGCGGCCCGCCGAGCGUCGGGGUGGCACAGUUUUUCCCGUCGCUCUUCAUGCUGCUGUUCAGCGUGUUCCUGUUCCAGUAAGAACAAUUAGGCCCUCCAUUAUAGCUGCACGUGUUCAGACAGUAAUGCUGUUAAAGUGUACCCUAUAUACGUACUCUGUAACCUCCAUGAAUUUUGCACCUUUUGGCUCAUUAUUUAGUCAAUCGCAGAAUGCACGACUCAUAAAAACUUUGUGAUGUGAAGCUUUCAAACAUGCACUUCGAACCUUAGAGGUGAACUCAUUUUGAGCGUCUCUAAGCUUUGACGCAACGCUUUCAAUACUUUUUACACCACUUGUUGUUCUCUAACAUGGAGCUGAACAGUGUUUUGAUCUGUGAAUGGACAACCCACGUCCUGUGUACAAUGAGAAUUGGUAUUUAAACAGUCGUCUUGAUACAGCCCCUUCGCACCCGUCGGCAUGGUUAAACCAAGACGGCACAGAUUUGAUUAGCAGGUCCUCGCCAAGAGAUCCGACAUAACAGAGAGACUGAAAGAAAACACCCGUUUGGAACUUGGCUAUUCAACUCCUUGUUAGAAAAUGGCACGUGUGUAUUCAAAACCUUGGAUGUUGAGAUUUCACACACGUACCUAACUUUUUUGAGUAGUGUUUGUAUGUGUGUGUGUACAUAUACACAUUCAUACAUACGGGUAGGUGCAUCAAACUAACACAAUGGGUGAGUCCCCAUGUCUCAUGCAUCUUGCUGAAAAAGGGUUAUAACCCGAAGAAGUAGUUAGUCUAACAUGCACUUGUGUUUUGAUUUGCACUCCAUGUUGUUGAUCACUGAAUACAUAAGUUUUUAAAAUUUGCGCUUGUAUUGCGAUUCAUGAUGAUAGUAUCACUCGUAUAACAAUGCAAACCGGGCUUUAGAUAUUGAGCGCAAUCGGGUUUGGCGGCGGUGUUGUGUAAAGAGUGUGUGUUGGCUGUCGGCAGGUAUUUUGAUGCAAACGUUUUCCCUGGUGUGAUUCAGUCAAAAAAAUAAUAUGA